CUGAUCUCCUCUGAAGCAAUGGCAAGAACUAAGCAGACCGCUCGUAAGUCUACCGGAGGCAAAGCGCCGAGGAAGCAGCUGGCCACUAAAGCGGCCCGUAAGAGCGCACCCGCUACCGGUGGAGUUAAGAAGCCUCACCGUUACAGGCCCGGUACCGUGGCGUUGAGAGAGAUUCGCCGCUACCAGAAAUCCACUGAACUGCUGAUCCGCAAACUGCCCUUCCAGCGUCUGGUGAGAGAAAUCGCCCAAGAUUUCAAGACAGAUCUGCGCUUCCAGAGCUCGGCUGUUAUGGCCCUGCAGGAGGCGAGCGAGGCUUAUUUGGUGGGUCUGUUUGAGGACACCAACCUGUGCGCCAUCCACGCCAAGAGGGUCACCAUCAUGCCCAAAGACAUCCAGCUGGCCCGCCGCAUCCGCGGAGAGCGCGCUUAAAUCCACCGCAGAAGCACAAACCCAAAGGCUCUUUUAAGAGCCACCUCAAUGUAUUUAAAAAGAGUGCUAUUUUCUUAUACAACUUUAUAAUAGUUCUUGAUUUUAUCUGAAAUAAUUACUUUUCUUACAUUUUUGUUAAACUUAAAGUUACUUGCCAGUCUCUUUUAUUUCUGAGUCACGAUUUCCCUUUGCCAAACAGACUAGUUUAGAUUUAGAAACUGCCAGAUGAAAACUCCUUUCCAAAGCUUAAAUGAGAUUUCAACCAGGUCUCAUGUAUACACAUAACAUGGGGUCUAUUGCUUAUUUUCUGUUGCUUUUGUCGAAUUACUAUUAACUUUGAUUGUCCAAGCAUUGAUUUUAUUCCCUAUGCAACUUUCUGCUGAAUUUCACUUUUACA